GUGAAAUGUCGGUCUCUGCUGCUGCAGCAGGAAGGCCCACUGCACAGUUAAAGGGCCCAUUGUGCUGCUGCGGUUUUGUUGUGUGCCAUGCGGGCAUUGAGUCCAUAGAUGACCCUUGUUGUUUUCUGCGCAGGACUGGGUGAGGCAGAUGCAAACCAGAACAAUGGCUGCAUCUCCCAGAAGCCGGCGGUGACUGACUCCACGGGCGCUGAGGGCCCCUGCCAGCCCUGGACCUCCGCCAACACAGCUGACGAUGACGCCGCCACACCACGCCCCCACCUGGCCCGCCUAUUCUCCCGAGAUGCCCCGGGCCGUGAGGACAACACCUUCAAAGACCGACCCUCUGAAUCGGACGAGCUGCAGACCAUCCAGGAGCACAGCGCAGCGGCUUCAGAGUGCGGGUCGGAGAGCCCCGAACAGGACCUAGACUAGGCUAGCUUUUUUUCCACCCUCCCUCUCCUCUCUUUACUCCUCUUCCUCCUCUGCCUUUCUAUCUCUCGCUAACGAGAACGCGAACCUCACAUUUUGACAAA